UACUCAGAUCAGGAAAGAGGAGUCACAUCGUGUCUGCUGUGGUUUUGUGUGUGUUCUUGUUGUACGAUGCUCGAUCAGGUGGUGUGUGUUGCUGCUGUAACGAUGCUCGGGGUGCUGGAGCAAGCGUACUUUUCCCUUCAGGUGAUCUACGCCAGACGCAAGUAUUCUGUCCCUCCUCCAGCCACUACAGGACCCCCAGACUUCGAGAGGGUCUUUAGGGCACAAGCGAACUGUUCAGAAUACUUCCCUUUAUUUGUCAUCACGCUUUGGAUAGCUGGACUUUUCUCCAGUCAAGCUCUGUCUGUGUUCCUUGGGCUCCUGUAUCUUUGUGGCCGGUAUCAGUACUUCCAUGGAUACUCCAAGUCUGCACAGGGACGGCUGGCUCCUCUGUACUUCAGUGCUAAGGUGCAGUGGGUGCUGAUAGGUGUGGGGGGUCUGGGGGUCUUGUGCUGUAUGAGCAGGCUGUAUCUCGGGCUGGAUCUGCUCUCCUCUCUGCUCCUUGUCCUGGGCUUCAGUCAGCUGGAUUGAAGGCUGGAGGCAGAUGAAGAGUGAAGAUGAUGAAGCUCAAUCACCUCAUCCAGGAGCAGCUUUUCUUAAUCAAAGCUCACCAUUAUCCUUCUCACCUUUUGUGUGUUUUGUUAUAUUUUUGUGCUAGCUUUGCCAUAUUUUUCCUAUAAAGAAUGAUCACAAAUCUCCCUGGAAUAUUUAAAAAUGUUUUUUCAUUGAUAUGUGUCUGACUGGGUUCUCUCUGUUUCGCUCUCUUUCUUACUUGCAUUCAUACUUACUCUCUAUAGACUCUGCCUACCUCUUUUGCUCUCUCUCAUCCCUAUUUUAUAUUUCUUUAAAUAAUACGAUAAUUUAUGUAAUAUUGCAAAGUUUACUUUAGUUAAUCUAUUUUUUGGCAUAUUUUAAAUAAACAAUGGACAGUUCAGAUAUGAAAUAAAUACAUGUUGUCUGGCCCCCAGCAUUGUUGGGAUUUUUUAAAUGCCUGUGAAUGAAUUUAACAAACCUAAUAUAUUUCAAUACUUUGACAUAUUUUGAAAACACUGUGAGUGUGAAUGAACGUUGAUUCAUUGUAAGAAUUUUAACAUUAGGCAAUGCUAAAUAAAAGUU